CUCACGCCUCAUUUAAGGCUUCACGACCCAAUUCUAUCCAUUGCGCAAAAUAUCUUCUCCAACAGUCAGAAAACCUCGCUCAAGAUGGUAGGCACGAACAAAUCCGGCGAGGACGCGGAAGGGUCGAAGCGGGCCGCAGAUUUCCACAAUGCUAUGCUUGGCACGGGAUAUGCAGACGACUCCAUGCUGUAUGUUGUCCGAUAUGUGAACUCGGUAAAGCAAAAACUACGAGAGUGCGAUGCGGAUGAAUUCAUGAGGUGCUUCGGCGAGCUCAACCGCCUUUGGUCCGAAACGCAACCCGAAGCCCCCGAGGGAGCUGCCUCACGGUAUGAGAAGGCGCGGGAGUUGAAACAGCAAGCCUUAGAGACAAUCAAAGACUGUCCAGACUUGGUUCGUGACUUUGAUCGGUUCACAACGAAUGGACGAGUGUUGAUGAGGAACAUGGCAGCCUUGCGUCCAGGGAAGUAAAAAGACGGGAUUCGAGGCGGAAAAGACGAGAGGAAUAUGCAAUUUGGAGGUAAAUCUUAUGAUUCACAAUUUCACUUGUUUGUAGGCGCUCUUUGGAGACUCGUGGGCCUGGGUAGCCACUGUUUCGACUUUUUAGUACCAAUAUCCUAUAGUUUGAGAUACCAUCCGAUUACCCAGUUUCAACGUUAUUAUCGAUGAA